CCAAUGAGUUACGGCCUUGUUUAGUUGGAAUUGGAUAAAGUAGUGUUGUUGGUCUCUCUCUAUCCACACACUUUCACUUCGUACCUUUCCCCUUGCACCUUUUCCCACUUCUUCUUCUUUCUCUUCAACUUCCCUUUCCUCCAUUCUUUAAAGAGUUUAUGGAAGCUGUAGAAGCAAAAUCAUCUUCUUCAUCUGGGUAUGGUAAGCCUCCAUGGGUAUUUAGAGGAAGUGCUUUGUAUCAACUUCAUCUUGUGAAGGCAGAGAAAGCUAGAAGAUACAUUCCAAAAGAAUUCAAAUUGGUUGAAGCUUUUGGAUACACUUUGGGUGGCUUCUUUCUAGCCAGCUAUGAGGACAGUCCCGCCGGUGUCUUUGACGAGCAGCUAGUGGUGAUUGCAGGACUUGUCUGGAACCGCCCAACAUCUUGUGCAUGGGCCACGAGGGUGUACGUGAACAGUAAUGAUGCUUGUUAUCAUGGACGAAAGGAAGUGGGUCUUCCAAGUCAGAUUGCUAAGUUUUCCAAGACAAUUAGAGCAAUAUCAGGAGAACCUAGUGACAGAAGCAGUGGAUUCUUGAACAUGAUUGGAAUUGGUUCUAUCUCAUGCAAUAAUCAGAGGGAUCAAGGUCUAAAUGUUGAAGUAAUCAAAAUCAAAUGUCUUGAGGCAGCAGAUGCUUGUAACAUUAGUCUCACAAGUGCUGAUGGUAGCGUUUGUUUUGCUGGAAUAGAGAUUGAGAGACUGAAACACAAUAUUAUGUUUGUUGGCUCAGAGACUGGCACCAAUAGCGGGAUGGGGCCUCCAAUCAAAAUGUCGCUUCCAAGUUUCAGUGGUGGUACAGAGUAUAAUCCUAAUCUCCUUAAGUACUCUUGCCGGAUUGAAUGCAGGGUGCAAGCAGUGCAGCCAUUGAAGGUUUCAGGGGCAAUCCCUUCAACUUCAACAAAUGAUGAGAGAGAACAACAUAAUAGUGACGUUGCUGAAAAUCAUGAGAGUUUCAGCACUUAUGUGAUGUUAUCAAAACCCAUUUUAGCACUUAAGUUUAAUCAAAUGAAGAUGCAUGUAGAAGCUCCUGUUGUGCUUUCCCAAUUCUCAAGUUCCAUAGAAACUACUGCCAGUUCUCUUCCAUAAUGACUUCUUUUCUUUUCUUUUCUUUAUUCCCUGAAGUUCAGGAUUUGUAUUAAGUGGAGCGAAGCCUAUUAGAAUCACCAAUCACCAAGUCCUCUAUCACUGUUGAGCACUGUUUUAACCAUAUACAAUCACCCCGAUCUAGGUGUUAGAUUCAGAAAGAAUACUUCAGUUUGUAUUCCAAUUUUGUAUGCAACUCGAAAACAUGUAUUUAGGUAAAUAAAGUUGAAUUUGUCGAGGAGUGUAACUCUUUGGUUAUAAAGAAUCAAGAUAAUCAAAAAUCAGAGUGAUUAGUUAUGACAAUUAUAGAGAACUAGUCUUGGUUUAAGUGUGCUAUAUAAGUAGAGAAGUAAAAUUCUAUUUAGAUUUUUUUAGUGACUUAUUAUUUUUUUGAACUCAAUUCAAUGUUGCUAUUUUUUA